GGUGGAGGGAACUUAACCCGGAAAAAGGUGCAGUCGUCAGUUGAGAGUUGACUGGAAGAGGAAGCGGCGCAGCUCAGAACCAGGACCAGGACCCACAGAGACCAGGACCAGGACCAGAACCUGCAGACCCGAGUAUCCGAGUCCUCGUGGAGCUUCAGACACAACCAGAGUUUGUUUGUUUGUUUGUUUGUUGAACUUCCUGUAGCUCUCGAGCUAACAGCUAGCUACCUGCUCCCAGUGACGUCAGGUGAAGUCGGGCUCGAGCCCAGGUGUGUUGUUUUCCGGAGCCUCGGACAGGUAGGAGAAGGAGAAGAAGAAGAAGAAGAAGAAGAAGAAGAAGAUGAGCGGGGGACUGAACAGCAUCGAUGCCGUGAAGAAGAAGAUCAAAGUGCUGCAGGAGCAGGCGGAGGAGGCCGAGGACCGAGCCCUCCGGCUGCAGAAGGAGGUGGAGAAGGAGAAGAGGACCAGAGAGGAGGCGGAGGCGGAGGUGACGGCUCUGGGUCGCAGUCUGCAGCUCAGCGAGGACAACCUGGAGCGAGUUCAGGAGCGACUCUCCACCACCGUGUACAAGCUGGACGAGGUGGAGAAGUGUGCAGACGAGAGUGAGAGAGGUAUGAAGGUGAUAGAGAACAGAGCUCUGAAGGACGAGGAGAAGAUGGAGCAGCUGGAGGUUCAGCUGAGAGAAGCCAAGCUGAUCGCUGAGGAAGCCGACCGCAAAUAUGAAGAGGUGGCUCGUAAACUGGUGAUGGUGGAAGGGGAACUGGAACGAGCUGAAGACAGAGCUGAGCAGGGAGAGAGUAAGAGUCGAGGGUUGGAGGAGGAGCUGACUACUGUCUUCACUAGUUCAAAGUCUCUGGAGGCCCAGACUGAGAAGUACUCCCAUAAAGAAGACCGGUAUGAAGAGGAGAUCAAGAACCUGAGCAACAAACUCAAGGAGGCUGAGAGCAGAGCUGAAGCUGGAGAGCGCUCAGUGGCCAAGCUGGAGAAGACCAUUGACGGCCUGGAAGACGCUUUGACUUCGGCCAGAAACGCCAACAUGGAGCUUCAGACGACUCUGAAUCAAACCAUGGAGGAGCUCAACUCCUGCUGAGCUGACUGGACGAGGAAGUCCUGCUCCUCCUUCUGCUGGAUGUCAGGGAGGACGGGGUCAAACUCUGUGGCCAACCCCCCCAUAAUGAUUCCUGUUGCUUUAAGGGCCCCCCUCUUAAUGAUUCCUGUUGCUUUAAGCCCCCCCCAUAAUGAUUCCUGUUGCUUUAAGCCCCCCCCUUAAUGAUUCCUGUUGCUUUAAGCCCCCCUCUUAAUGAUUCAUGUUACUUUAAGCCCCCCUUAAUGAUUCCUGUUGCUUUAAGGGCCCCCCUCUUAAUGAUUCCUGUUGCUUUAAGGGCCCCCCUCUUAAUGAUUCCUGUUGCUUUAAGCCCCCCUCUUAAUGAUUCCUGUUGCUUUAAGCCCCCCCUUAAUGAUUCCUGUUGCUUUAAGCCCCCCCUUAAUGAUUCCUGUUACUUUAAGCCCCCCUUAAUGAUUCCUGUUGCUUUAAGCCCCCCCUUAAUGAUUCCUGUUGCUUUAAGCCCCCCCUUAAUGAUUCCUGUUGCUUUAAGCCCCCCCUUAAUGAUUCCUGUUACUUUAAGCCCCCUCAUAAUGAUUCCUGUUGCUUUAAGGGCCCCCCUCUUAAUGAUUCCUAUUGCUUUAAGCCCCCCCUUAAUGAUUCCUGUUACUUUAAGCCCCCCUUAAUGAUUCCUGUUGCUUUAAGCCCCCCCUUAAUGAUUCCUGUUACUUUAAGCCCCCUCAUAAUGAUUCCUGUUGCUUUAAGGGAGCCCCCCUCAGUAUUAUGUGAAGCCAGUCGAGGAGCUGCUCUUUAUAUCGUCUCUAAGGGAGUUUAACAGACCUUCACUCGUUAAGGACUAAUUAAGAACUAAUUAAGUGUUACUAUUGAUCAUAGAUUAGUGAGGUUUUUGUUCCUGGGGGGCGUGGUUUAAGGCAGCCAAUCACCACGAGGCAUUCCACUGCCUCAGGUGACCUUUGACCUGAUGAAUGAAUAAAGUUUGGGAUGUUUUUACCUGGAAGUCGGCGAUGAUGUCACAGCUCAUUGUAAUAAAUCAUGACAGGAUUUUAUAAAAUAAAAGCACCGCCACUGGUUUGUAGAUCACAA